UCUAUCUGGCUUACAAAAGGCUUUACAAGAAAGCAGACCUGAGUCGGACAUUUUCUUGUUCACUGAUGCUUGUGCGAAAGAUGAGGCCAAGUUUGAUGAUAUUGAAAGAUUAUGUCGCAUAACACGGAGCAAGGUCAUCGUUUUUAUGAGUGGCACUUGCCCCGUUUCCGAAAGACACAGGGUAGGGAGUCUAGAAACGUACAAUACAGUAACGAAAGUGUGUUUCGGAAACGUCUUCCAAUUGGAUCUUAACAAUUAUGGACAAGCUUUCCGGUUUAUGAAAGAAAUCGUAAGAGAUGGAUAUAACGAUGUAAAACCUUUCGAGUCAGUUACUGACUACCGACAGCUACCAGUUUCAGUGGACAGUUUGACUAGAGACGUUAUCGUCUCCGUGUCUGGAGAGUUGCCUUCUCUGCAGCUCUUCGACGAGAGUGGACACAGCCCUCGAACUGAGAUGCUGAUCGAAACUAGACAACUGCAGGUUGUCAGAAUUGUCGGGCCCCACCGAGGUGAAUAUCAAGCCUCAGUAAGAUGUCAGGGAGUGAUAUCUGUGACUAUUUAUAAGAGAUCGGAAUGUCCUUUGGUUAUUGGGUUCUCUCCAUUGUACCCAAGAAGUAUCGAGGAAACAACAUCAUCACCACUACCAGCGCGAGAAAGUUUCAUUUUCGUCCUUGUACCAAUGUCCUAUGAGUACAAGCUAGGUAGUUUAACAAUCCAUAUGUUAAACAAAGAUAGCCAGAGAACCGUUAAUUUAAUGGAAAGUGAAGUAAGCGCCCGAGUCUACAUCACCAAGGCCUAUUUCGAGCCUGGAUGUAUAUUUAGGAUGACUGUAAGUGGAAUCGACAAAAUUUCUUCAGAACCAGUGCGGAUUAUCAGCAAAACAUUAGAAUCGCAAAAAGACGUGACAAGAGCAUCUUGGUCUGCAGCCGUCAUUGAUUCUAUAAUCCCGGAGACCUCUUUAACGGACUAUAAGAAAAACGCAACAGUGGCAUGCAAGGUCACAGGAUAUCCUCAACCAACAAUCUGGUGGGAAGACAAAGAUGGACAGAAGAUGACGGCUGAGGAUAGUCUGUUGCAGUAUCCAGCUACAUACAUAAGUUAUGUUUCAGUACCGAAUAUAAAGGAAAAUCAAACACUAACUUGCAAAGCUAGUACUGAUACCGGGAGUGAUUCUAAAAGUACAGAUCUUUAUGUAUAUAGACCAUAUGUUUUCCAAAUGAUCAAAACGCCUGAAGAUAUCACUAUAGAAUAUGAGGCAGAAGGAAAACUAUAUUGCGAAGUAAAUGCUUAUCCGGAAGCAGUUAUAAAGUGGUAUCACAAUGACAAGACUGUAGUAUUUACUACAAACGAGGCUGGAGAUGAUGAUUCUACUUUUAAUCGUUAUGAUGAAGUAGAAUAUUUUCAAGAGGAUAAUGCACUGGUUAUUAGGAACAUGACAUCAAAAUAUGUUGGUACAUAUACAUGUGAUGUAAGAAACGGUGCAAAUGCUGUGUCAUAUCCCGUUGAAGUCGGAAUAUCUGGACUUGAAGUGCCUGUGUUAGAAAUGUCAGAGACAGAAUUGACUACACAUCUUGGCGACGAGGUUGAAAUCGCUUGCAGACUAUCAAAAGGAAGGCCGCACCCAACCGUAACAUGGAAAUACAAACCCGCGAACACCUAUGAUUUCACUGAUUUACCUAAAGAUAUUGAAAUUGAAGAAGGAAAAAUAGUCAUUGGUGAAGCAAAAUCGGAACACAAUGGAAUUUAUAAAUGUGACGCCGUCAAUGAGCAAGGGCAAGAUUCCCGAGAAAUAAAAUUGAAAGUUAUUUAUGCCCCUAAAAUAGAAAACGCAGAGAUGACUACACAUGACGUGUUACUAGAUAAAAUAGUCACACUUGAGUGUUCCGUGGAUGCAGAGCCGAAAGCCACAGUAAGGUGGGAGCGUGCUGACGGCACAUACUUUCCUGAUGAGAACCAUAUUGUGGAAGGAACUAACCUCAAGUUUGAGGCGCGUUACAAUGACUCGGGAUCCUAUCGAUGUAUUGCAGAAAAUGAGGCUGGCACUGCCGAGAAAACGGUUACGGUUAAUGUUCUUGUUCGUCCAUACAUCACUCCAGUGAUAAAGUCCGUCACCGUAAGGACCGGGAACCCCGUAACGCUGUCCUGUCGCGUGGAAGAAGCGAAUCCACCGCCCAACAUCACUUGGAAGUUCAUAGGACCGGAUAACCGGAUGAAUAUAUUAUAUACGUGGGUAUAG